GUCGCACAGAAACCGGACGCUGUUGGUACAUUAGCUGCAGAAAAAAUGUCAUAGUUGAGCCGAAUGAAUGGAUGCUGUGAGGUGCCUUUGCUCACAUCUGUCCAAAAUGACAUGAAGCUCUGAGCUUCGCUCAGCUCCGCCGAUUGUCGCCUCCGCUAGUCAGGGCACCAUGGCAACGAGGAUGAAGCUAAAGCUGAAGACUGUAUUUUUGCUCUACUUCAUGGUCUCGCUCCUGGGCCUCAUCUAUGCACUGAUGCAGCUCGGCCAGCGCUGUGACUGUACAGAACACGACUUCCCUAAAGACCGCACCAUAUCUCGGCUGCGUGGGGAACUACACCGUCUUCAGGAGGAGAUGAGGAAGUUGGAGGUAACAAAGCAACCUCAGAAGCAGCCAGCCAAACCGUCCCUGCCCACCAUCUUUGUUAUCACGCCGACAUAUGCAAGGCUGGUGCAGAAGGCCGAGCUGACUCGUAUGUCCCAGACUUUUCUCCAUGUCCCUCGGCUUCACUGGAUCUUGGUGGAGGACUCGCCACACAAGACGCCUCUGGUGACCGACCUGCUGAUGAAGAGCGGCCUGACCUACACUCACCUACACAUGCCCACCGCCAAGGACCGCAAACUACAGGAGGGUGACCCCAGCUGGCUCAAGCCCCGUGGAGUGGAGCAGAGAAACGAAGGGCUACGGUGGCUUAGAGAGGACAGGAGGGCUCAGCCAGGAGGGGAUAACCAGCAAGGAGUGGUGUACUUUGCUGAUGAUGAUAACACAUACAGCCUGCAGUUGUUUGAGGAGAUGAGGAGCACACAGCGGGUGUCAGUUUGGCCGGUGGGCCUGGUUGGAGGAAUGAAGUAUGAGAGGCCUGUGGUUGAAGGAGGAAAGGUCAUUCGCUUCCAUACCGGCUGGCGUCCCAGUCGGCCCUUUCCGAUCGACAUGGCGGGCUUCGCUGUUUCCCUUAAAUUGGUCCUGGCCAAUCCGGAGGCAUGCUUUGACGGAGAGGCACCAACGGGCUUGCUGGAAAGCAGCUUUCUUCAGGGACUGGUUACCAUGGAUGAACUGGAGCCCAAAGCAGACAACUGCACUAAAGUGCUGGUGUGGCACACACGGACAGAGAAACCGAAGAUGAAGAGAGAGGAGGCGCUGCAGGCUCAGGGACUGGGUUCAGACCCUGCUGUGGAGGUCUGAGAGAAACACAUGCACAUCAACACACACUCACACACAUGUGCACACACAGUGUGUGAUUAUAUUCUGCUGUUAAUGCUGCAUAUGUAACUGCAUUGUAAAUACUGUAAACACUAAAGUACAGAAGAGAACCUGGUUUUGAGAGACUGUUACACCCGGUUGUAAAUAUAGAUGUGUAUCGAGUGUGUGUUUUGUCAUAACUGUGCUGAUUGUAUGUUAGUGUGUGCGUCUUUUUUGUUUUUGAGUUUGCAAUCCUUGUUUAGCAGUACAGUCAGUGUCAAUGUUAAACUACUACCUGAUGGGGGCGCCAGUGUAUUAGUUUGUGAAGCCAUGCUGUUCUCCUGCUGGAACAUUGUGGCUUAAAACUGGAGGGAGGGUGCGUCUCAUAGCAGGGUCGUCUUGUAUCACUUCUGUUUACUUGUAGCUCAGUUAGACGCCUGUGAUGUUUCCCGUUCCCGGCAGCAGUUAGAUGUUUUUAUCAGGGGCUGGAUGUAUAAAUGAUGUGACAGGCAGAAACCGUGUAUAUACCUUUUCCAAAACAUCGAGUGGUAUUUUAAAAAGGAAGAUUUGGUUUUUCAUUUCAUUUUUUUAAAUAGUGAGUUGAGUCAAUAUGACGAUGAAGAAAGAAGGGGGGAAAUACAGACAACCAAGCUUGUCAUUUUUUGUGAGUGUCUCAUUCACAAACUGCCUUGUAGGGGGGAAAAAACUACUGCAUUUUAUCAUUAUUGUUUGAUGAUCAUAAAUGUUUGUGGCUUCAUGUUAUUGUGGGUAAAACCUUUGCCUAGCAUGCCAAAGAUCCCCGGGUUGGGACUAGGAGGUGACACAAAUGCAGUCCCAAGGGUUAAGUCUGCAAGGAUGACCCCAUGGGAAGUAAGGGAGCAGCUCAGAGGACCCUCAUAUACAUUUUAGUAGUGUGGGUGUGAUAAUGAAGUAUGAAAGGUUACUUUGAAGGUGUUGGACUGUUUAUCACCCCAGUUUUGUUAACACAGCAGAAUGGGGCUGGUGAUGAUUUCAGAACUGAGAUCACCAAACACAUUUUCCUUUUUUUCAAUUCUGGGUCUGAAUUUUAUGUUUAGUGAUACUGAGCUGCUUAUUUGAGCUCAUGUCUAAGCGUUUUGUGCAAACUGUUAUUUUUAUAUACAAGUGAUUAACAAGGGAAGUGUCUACUAGUCUCUGACAGAUACAGGACAUUUGUGGUAGAUACCGAUAUUUAGGGGGUUUAAAAAAACAAAAACAAAAAAAAAACCUGAUACUGAUAUCGGCCGAUAUUCCUCAUACGUGUAAAUACAUAUUUCUAGAGUAUGCUUUCCAGGAAUUAGCCGUCUUAGCUACUUUGCUGUGACAAGAUUUCUAAAUCACCUAGGUCUUUUUCAGCUUUAUGUUUUGUAUAAAGAACAUGAAAUGAUACAGAUAUAUCUGUGAUAUCGGCCGAUAAUAUUAGCAAACAGUAUAUUGUUCAGGCUCAAGAGUCUGCAUCCUUCACAGUUUUGAAUGGACAGGGGUUUAUAUGGUCCCAGGUUUGGCUCUGGUCCCUCAAUCACAUGGAUAUAAUGUGUACCCUGGUUUAGCAGUGCAGCCUUCAGUGUCGUUUCUGUUUUCAGGCCGAGAAUUAGCUACAACUGCGCACUUAGUUCAUGCAUGGCUUCUGAUUUUUGUGUUUGUAAGUCAAUAUUCAGGAUGUAGUUCCUUUUUUUUUCUUUUUACCCCUAAAAACAAGUCAUCAGCAUCAAAGCAAUGUCAAUAAUCUUUACUCAAACUGUAAUAACAAUGUCUAGGAUUAAGCAUUGUAGAGCCAAGGCAGUGGAUACUUACGUCUUUUUUAACAAUAAAAAUAUCCAUGACUGAAACAGUGCUCUCUAAACAUGCCGAGCAGUGAACAAACCCCACGGACGACUUGCUGUUGCGUCUUUAUUAAGCCCUCAACAACCCGUGUUGCAGACAAAGUGGUGCAACUUAGCAACACGGGCAGGACAAACACCUGUGUAACUGUUCCACACCCAAUGCACAAGUUCUGGGUUGUAACUGGUGUCAUCACACCACAGCUAGUUUAACCCAGUGUUUUGUGAGCAGCUUUAGUGAUGCUUUUAAAGUGGAAACCAUUUAAGGCAGUGAUUAAACAAACAACUCUGCUGAAGCGCAUAUAAACGAGUUACGCAAUAAACAAACAUGUUACAUUUCGACACUGCUGCGAUCAGAAAAACACUUGAAUUUGCCUCCAGCGGGCAGGAAAUCCCUGGUACUUAAAGAUAGCCGUAUAUGAAAACUUGAGCUGUGCUUCGUCAUCUUCCACACUUCCUGCAGUUCAACAGACGCUGUAAAAACAGCUAGUGCCUGCUUACGUGUAAUUAGUGCCUGUAAGUAACUUCUCUACUGGUGUAUAUUGUAUUUAUUACUGUUCUUUACAUUGUACAGUGUGAUCAUGUCUGUCCCUGGCCUUGGAAAUAAAAGUAAUGAAAAACA